CACAGCGACUACAGCGUCAUCGGUGGAUACGAGGUUAUCCUUCUCUACCAGCAGUAACAAGACGGAUGAUGCACGAUCCAGAAGGCACGUAACGGAAAUGGCUCAGCAAUUUGAAAAGUACCGACAUGCCAUGCAGAAAGAAAUCGACCUCUUGCAAACCAAAAAUCGCAAAUUGGAAGCCUCGCUCCGAACCGUCAUGUUGGAAAAAAACGAAACACAAGCAUCACUGUUGGCCAAAGAUCAGGAAUUGGCCGAUUUGAGGUCGAAAAAUACAAUUAUCCAAAAAUCUUUGGCACGCCAGGAAAAGAGUACGGAAAGAUCGCCACGAGUCGUCCAACUGGAAAAGAAAAUCGAGCAGCUCCGAAAAGAACUGGAGAGCACUCAAGCUGAAACGGCCCAAAUAAAGGUCACCGCCAUGCAGAAAGAGGAAUGUAGUCAGGCAUUAAUGCAAGAAAAAGAGGCGGCAUUGAAGGAUCUGAAACAGGAAUUGGAACAGCAGCAUAGCGCUCAUUUGAAUCUCAGGAACCAACUGGAAAAAUCUCAGGACGCAACAACCACGUUACAGACACAGUACCAAGAAACUCUUCACGCGUUGGAUGAAACAAAAAAAGAGCUCAGCCUAGCUUGUGAACGUGCAGAGAGAAAAGAUCAAGAAAUUGCUGCAUUACAAAUGCGCGUCGGUGAUUUGGAGAAUCAAGUCGACCGCUGUAUUGAGACUCAGCAGUCGCUGGAAGAAGAAAUUCAGCAAACGAAGCUUCAUCACCAGGAAGAACGGAUCGUUUGGCAGGAAGAAAAAGCCGGUCUUUGUCAUCUGACUGAGCAGCUGCAGGUCAAGCUGGCAGACAGCGAUCAACAAACUCAAGUCUUGGAACUCCGCCUGUGUGCCGCCCAUGACGAAUUGGAUCGGUGUGCAACCGCGCUAGCCGACAAGGACGACUUGAUUGAAAAAAGCAAUCGCACCAUCGUUCAACUACAGAAACAGUUCUCUGUGUAUCGUACGUACAUGAACCGCAUAGUCAUCGACUGUCGUACCCAAGCCCAAAAAAACUGUGAGAAGCGAGAAGCCGAACUGGAUCGAUUGCUGAAGGAGUUGUAUGAAGCCAAGAAAUUCAUUAAUCGCCAAGCGCAGCAUCUGGACGGGUUGAAAUCGGAAAUCCACUGGUUAUCAAAAUGGAAUCGAUCCCUGUGGGAGCUCACUCAAGCUCUUGACAAGGACACAGUGGCACGCCAGACGUGGCUGUUGGACCAUCUGAAUUUGGGCUUCACUGAAAAUUUAUCAUGCACCUCACUCAAACAGAUCGUGGCAACAUUUUUGAAAUCAUCCGUCGUUCCGCUUUCUUCCACUUUAAAUGCACCGCAAACUCAAGAUGGUGUGUACAAUGAUUCUAGGUUUAGACUGAUGAGUUCUGAUGUGAAAGAAGUGUGAACAUCCAUCCGCAACCAUCCCCCCCUUCAAAAAUCCCCCACAAAACACACCAAUAAGAAUACUGCGUAUCACUUGAGACACACAUCAGAGAACUUGUGACAAGAUACCCCCCCCCAACACACACACAUUGCCGUGCUCAUACCCUUGUCAAGACCACCCUUACUCUGUAAUCCUUUAUAAUAGUUAGCGAUCCCUUUGGCGAUCGACAUUUUGAUAUACCCUUCAAGUUGUGAUGAUUACUGAAUUUUUUUUCAGUUAAAAAAGCCAAGAUCUGGUGAUACCCUUUCAAUAAACAAAGAAGCAAACGGAACAGAAAGAAAAUAAAGAAAAAUGUAUCAAUGAUAGGCAUAUUUUUACCCGACAUUGCAUAAACUAGGAACAAGAUCGUAGAUUGUAUAUUGGAUA